AUGCGUAUUCGCCUACAGCCUCGCAGGAGACCACAAGGUAAGCGUACCCCAGUUAAGCUGAAUGUUGCCUUGUUGCCUCUGCCCGCUCACCAUCUUCAUUUCAGCAAUGAGCUAGCUCAACGGCUAGAUAACCUUCCAAUCGCUGCCGACGCCGACGCUGCCGAGAACGCCGCCGUGGAGAACCGCUGGUGUCAACUGCGAGACACGGUCCAGUCGACGGCGCUCGCCGUCCUCGGUCGCGCUCCCCGCCAACACCAGAACUGGUUCGACGACAACGACGCCGCCAUCAGAAAUCUGCUUGCUGAGAUGAACCGCCUACACAAAGCCUACGUAGAUCACCCCACUGAUGCCACCAAAGCUUCCUUCUACCGCAGUCGCCGCCAACUUCAGCAACGACUGCGUGAGAUGCAGGACGCCUGGACUGCUUGCAAAGCUGAGGAGGUCCAAGGGUACGCGGACCGCAACGAAUGGAAGAACUUCUUCUCUGAAAUUAAAUUUGUCUACGGUCCGCCGACGAAGGGCACUGCUCCUCUCCUCAGCGCCGACGGCAAUAUUCUCCUGACUGAGAAGACGCAAAUCCUGCCGCGAUGGGCCGAGCAUUUCCGAGGCGUCCUCAACCGCCCGUCCGUCAUCUCCGACGCAGCCAUGGAGCGUUUGCUGCAAGUGGAAACCAACAUUGCCACAUUUGGACGUCGGUGGAAUGACCUCAUUUUUUUAUAUGUCUAA